AUGUCCUCCCGUCGCCAGUAUACGCGCACUGACCAGUACGCUGCCCAGUGGACCGACGCGCCGUACUCCUCGCCCCCCGCCAACUACCCAUCCACCGCAUACCAGCAACCACAGCAGUCCAUGCCCGCGUAUGACGCCCACGGGAGCCAAAUGUACGCCACCGAUCCAUAUUACGCGGGAACAAACCCGUACGGAGCGUCCCCAUCACCCGUGCAGCAGUCCGCGCCCCGAGCAGCCUACCCCGUCGUCGACUCCGUGACCGCCAGCAUGGGUGCCAUGGCGGUCAGCCAGCCCUGCGCACGAUACCCAGGAUACUCCGCAUCAGCAUCGUCAGGAGGCUACGCCUCCACCUCGGCGUACGCGUCACAAUCGGUCGAUGCAUACGCGCCGUCCACAAACCCUCAGCGCGCCGGCGGAGUCCCGAUCCCCAUGCGUCGACCCACCUACGAUCCCGCAGUCUAUGGGCGCUCCCCGACAGGGGAGGGAAUGGCCUACAUCCAACCCCCCAUGCACCACCACCGCUCCGGCUUCCACUCAUCCUCUGGGAUGGCGGCGCCGCACGACGACUAUGCGCUCGACUACGCGGACGAGUAUGGGCACCCCGACGCGCGCGAGUCCUCCCCCUUCGGUGCAUCGCAGGCGCGUCCGUACGCGUGCGACAUCUGCCAGCUCGCCUUCAAUCGGCAGCACGACCUCAAGCGACACCGGGAGACGCAUACCGGGGAGAAGCCCUACCUCUGCAACGGAGGUUGCGGGAAGACCUUCACGCGCAAGGACGCGCUGAAGCGGCAUCAGCUCGUCAAGGGCUGCGGUAAAAUCGAUGAAGCCUAA